GAAAUAAACUUGUUUUCAGCUUGGGGCAAUAUCGCGGAACUUGGAUAAUAGUUUGCACGUUCUGAGGCCUCACGCUGAUUCGUGCCACCGAAAAGCACUCGUUGAAACGAGCACAAUGGCGACCAUGGGGGUAACGGUGUUUUGCAACAGAGUACAGAUAAACGGCAACGAUCAAGAACAAUUGAUGUUGCUGCGAACGUUGCAAGACAACGAGAACAAUAUCAUCGGUAAUCAAUCAGCGUUGAUAGUUCCGAAAAACAGCGGCAGCAGUAACGCAACGAAUUCGACGACAGUAUUACCCCCGUACGAUCCCUCCAGAUUGAAGAAGCACGGCAAGAACGGACAACCGCCCCCCGUUGCUGUUGCCCGAAGAAAUGCCAGGGAGAGAAAUCGCGUGAAACAGGUGAACAAUGGAUUUGCUACAUUGCGACAACACAUUCCGAGCCACAUUGCCGCGGGUUAUGGCGACAGGGGUAAGAAGCUGUCGAAGGUGGAGACUCUCAGGAUGGCCGUGGAGUACAUCAGAGGCCUUCAGAGGCUCCUGGCCGAAGCCGAUGGCGUUGAAUACGAUUCGAAGACUACCGUUGGUGCGCAAUGCGCGCCUUCUCCAACCAGCAGCGUCAUCUCUUCGACUCAUAACGGCUCCGGCGAGAGACUCGUUCUCGAGGAUGAUGUACUAGCCGCGGAAGAGGACGAGAGGGGACAUUUGGAUGAGGAAGAAGAUGAAGGUGCUGCCAAAUCGAAAAUUACAUUAUCCAGAUUAUCCCCCAAUCGGACGGCCAUUUCAUCCCCGCGCGACUACUACGCAUCCUCGGCGGGCGAUGAAGAAAACUUGGAACCGCGAACUUUAACCGGCGGACAGAAUUUCUCCAGGCUGUCGCCAAAUUCGGUGGCCUCGCCGCCCUCGGAGUAUUACGCUCAAAACGAGGAGAAUCUGGAGCCGCAGAUUCUGUCACCCUACAGCGGUGCCGGGGACAGCGAAGAGGGUGCGACAACUGUCUACGCGACUAGCCCGGAAACCUUCUCCGGAGCCCUCUAUUACAAGCAAGAGAUCACCGAGACGGGGGAAUUCAUGGAUGUCGUCAGCUGGUGGGAACAAGAACAGGGAAGACUCGUCCAUCAACAGCACACACAACGGCUGACGCACGUGUAACUAUAGCAGCUGAAAUUCAGUUGCAGUUUAAAAAACGCCCGCUCUCUUUUCAUUUAUCGAGACGCAACAUCGACGUGCGCUAGAUAAGAAGAAAUAAGUUUGAGGAUUUCCAGAAUCCGGGAGACAACGAAUACUUCGCCAAAGAACACUUCACGGCGGUUCUUAGGAUCUUGAAAGUACAGGCGUGGCAGAUCCUCUAAUUUAUCUCUUACCACUUAUGUAUACCACACACGCUUUCUUCAAGCUUUUUUUAUCGGCGCCUUUGCAGUUAUAGAGAAAAAAAUAUUUCUUCACCGAACUCUUUAUGAGACACCGUCGUCUACAAAACGUUGUUGUACAGAAUUUCUUAAAAUUUAUAUAGGUAAAUUUUCGUUUUUAAUAUUAAAUUUUCAUGAAUAAAAUUUGCUCGACAACUUAAUUAACACUAAGUACUUUUCCUUAAUAUAUUUCUUAAAAGAUAUCAAUUAAAGAGUCAACGAUUGAAUAUUUAUACAUAUAUUCAAUAAUUUAAUGAUCACAAUUUUAUAUAAUUCCAUAUGAAUUGUAUUUAUAUCAUUUUUUAUAUAAUAUUUAAAACUUUAAUUCGGGGAUUUUGAAUUGUGUUGCAUCUAUUAUUAAUUACAUAUUGCCAUUACAGAUCACCUUCUUUACCGUGCCUUUUUAAUUCAAUGUGUAUCAUCAAAAGCAGAAAUCUCUGACAUUUUUUUCUCGUAUCAAACCUAUCCUCGUGUCCCUUCUUUGCCCUCCGAUGUUUUCUCCAAAAGAAAAAUGUGAAUUUGCCACAUUAUUUGUACAUGCGUUUUUUUCCCACGAUAUAUCCGGAAUCUACGGGAUGUCCGCGACGUUUCGUCCGUGCGUUUCCGAAUUUAAUUCUUUCUCAAUACAGCUAAACGAGGAUCCGCGCGAUCCAGUGACGGAACACAAUAGCGAGACGGGACAAAAGAUCUCUCGAGGAUAAACGGGAUCUUUUUUCCUCCCCUUACUCCCAGGAUCACAAAAUUGUGAUGGAAACUGUUUUCUUUCGAUAUAAAUCUUCGACAAGGGUUCACGAACAUUUCGAAUAGUAACGGUUGUCGCAAGGAAGACACUUUUCCUACUUGCAGAAUUUUACAAUAAAAGGAGAAGAACUCAGGAUUUCUAUCGUAAAAAUACAGACUAAUCCAUGUGAAGAAAACAAAGUACGGAUUCUCAGAAAACAAUUGGAACGUGGAUCAUUCUGUGAAUGAAAAAUUAAUUCUACGUUAGAAUUUCAACUACCAAUUUAAUAUCUACACAUUUAAUGCCUGUCACACACAGAAUGUUAAUAUUUCUUCGUGAUUUGUUUCAGUUACAGGUUUCAAUUAGGAAAGACCAAUAUUUGUAACAAAAUUCCAAAUCCACUAUGAUGUAAUACCUCAGUCGAAUUUCGCAUGAUCUCACUGGACCUGGAUGAAGAUCCUCUCGACAAUACAUCGACAGGAUAUUGUAGAGCACGAGCGCGUGUAUUGUGAUCAAUAGCAAAAGUCGGAAAAUCGUACUUACUGUUGCGAGUACUUUUCCGCUGAGCAGACCUUCUCAUUACUGUACCUCGUCUUUCGGAUUACAAACAGAAAAUGUGAAGAAUACAUGGCUCUUUAUUUAACAUCUUUAUUUAAUAAGGAGAUUUAUUAAAUACAUUUAUUAAAAACAAAUUAAAUCUCGAUAUUAUACGUUACAUCUUAUCUCGUAUUUAUAUGAACGAUUGUUAAUUGGCAUUGCAGAGUACCUUAAAUCCUUUUUAAAUCUUGAAAUUUAAAUCUUGAAAAUUAUGCUAUUUGUAUACGUAUUAAUUACAUUAAUUUCACGAAUUAUGAUAUAGCUAUUAUUACCAUUAUAUUGCCAACUGUAUCAAGGAAUCGUAUUUUUUAUAAGGACAAUAGAGAAAAUAUUUUAAUUCUCUUUAGCAAUGACAUUUUGCGCUUCCAGAAAGAAAGUAUUUACUUUUUCGGCUAUUUACAUCACAACAAGUACAAUUUAUAAAGUGGUAAAUUGUAUAUCGCCAGUAAUUUAAAAACAAAUCUUCAUGAAAUUAAGCGACCUACA